AAUUGCUUUAAAAUCGGACAAAAUGAUGGCUAAAGUGGCAAGAUCAGUCCUAUCAAUGAUAGCUUUUGAAGUUUACCCGCAAUUCACUACAUCUCAUUGCUUUCUUUAAAUGUUUUCUCCAUUGAUCUUGUAUUAUUUUAUAAAAAUACUAUAUAUAUAUUGCUAAAGAAAGAGAGAAGAAGAAGAAGAAGAAGAAGAAGAGGAGGAGGAGGAGAGUGAGAGUGAGAGCAAAAAGAAGAGGCAAAAAGGCAUUAGAAAGAGAGAAUAUAUAUACAUUUUCGUUGGUCAGUUCUGCCUAUAAGGUUGGUUAUUAGGGUUAUGGCCACUACCUUUGGAGGAACUCAACAAAAAUGUAUGGCAUGUGAUAAAACUGUUUAUCUUGUUGAUAAGCUAACUGCUGAUAAUAGGGUUUUUCACAAGGCCUGCUUUAGAUGCCACCAUUGCAAGGGCACUCUUAAGCUAAGCAACUACUGUUCUUUUGAAGGGGUUCUGUACUGCAGGCCUCACUAUGACCAACUCUUCAAGCUAACUGGUAGUCUUGACAAGAGUUUUGAAGGAACACCAAAAGUUGCAAAACCAGAAAAACCUAUUGAUAGUGAGAAUGCAAGCAAAGUGUCAAACAAGUUCGCAGGCACAAGAGAAAAAUGUGUGGGUUGUAGCAAGACUGUCUAUCCUAUUGAGAGGGUUACAGUAAAUGGAACUCCAUACCACAGGAGCUGUUUCAAGUGCACUUAUGGAGGGUGUACUAUAAGCCCAUCUAACUACAUUGCUCAUGAGGGAAAACUCUACUGCAAGCAUCACCAUAUCCAACUUUUCAAGGAGAAAGGAAACUACAGCCAGCUUGAGAAUGAACGCCAGCCGACCACCACCGAGAAAAUAACAGCUGUGGAAAUUGCUGCUGAAUCAUAAUGAACCCAGAGUAUUAUUACCAUGUUUAUAUUGAUUCCUGUUUAUGUAUGGCUUUGCCUCUACAUGGUAUUCCAGUGUGUCUUAAUGGAUGAUUUUCCUUCUCUUAGUCAAGGUUGGUGUUAUUUUUUCAUUUGUAAGAUGAUAUAUGUUGCUGUUGUUGAUACUACAAUGUCUGGCUGGGUUUUCUGAGCUACAAUCAAUCUGUUUAUAAUAAUGUUAAGAUGGUUAUACAGAAA